AUGGCGUUUCCAAACCAGUACACACACCGCAAGGUUGCCGAGACCUCGGCUAAGUCAUGCGAGAUUUGCUACAAGCCCAGCUCCAGUGUCCUGAUCACAUCGGACAGCAAAGACUGGUUCUACGUCUGUCCUUCUCACCUCAAAGACACAGGCUUCUGCACCCCCAAGAUCGACCAUGCCGCCAUCGAAGCGCGCAAGAAGAAGGAGCUGGAAGACGAGAUUGAGCGGGUGAAGAAGGAGUACGAAGAGAAACAGAAGAAAAAGAAGGAAAAGGCAGAGAAGAAGGAGGACAAGGAGGACAAGGAGGACAAGGACGAGAAGGAUGACACCAAAAAGACAGAUGACAAGGACAAGGACAAGGCGGCAGCAACGGUUAGAUCCGCCGACUCUCCCGCCUCCUCCUCCCUCCUUCCCCUGGCGGUGUCGUGUCGUGUGCCUGUGCUAACGGUCUUGCAGAAAAAAGAGGAGACAUCAGUUUCACCAGCCGAGGAGGAAGAGCCUCGCGUGUUUGAACUCAAACCGUCAGUUUCCCUCCAUGCUUUGCUUCCCACCUUUUUCCAACAGCGGCUGUUCAAGAAGAGGCAAGCCGAGAUCGCCAAACGGAACCGAGAAAGACUGCGCGAUCCAAACUAUUUCCCUUCGGUGCCCAAGAACUUGCCUUGA